CCCGCGUGCGUUCAGUGCUACUGUGGUACAUCGGAACUGAUUUCAAAUGGCACUUACGUUUGUCCGAUAUGGAUCUUGUUCGCUUGAUUGACUUCUUGGAGGUUCUGGGCCGCGUGCUUUUGCCAUCGUGAGGCCUGUCUUCACAAUGGGAUACGAUCCACCCGAUUGUCUCAUUGGAGGCCACUGCAGCUGAAAAUCCCGCUGCGAUGGUGCUGAUGUUCUCCAUCCCUCUCCCUUCACUGCCUUUGACUCCUCUCGGUCUCGAUCCCUAUAGUCAGACGAACCUUUGUCCACAAUAGACCAUGAAACGAUAGUGGGCAGAAUACAGCAGCAUGUCCGCAAAGCCACCAUACGUCGUGCCGCCUACAGCCGACUCAUCUUCUACCGCACGUCCUGCCACCUUCAUCUUUCUUCAUGGCUAUGGAGAUGACGCUGAAGGCCUCCCACUGGGACUCGCACAACAGUUCCAGUUCUACGACAAGAUGCAGUAUCUGAAAUGGGUCCUGCCGAAUGCCCCGCACAAUCACGAGGCCAUGACUCGCGCAUGGUAUGUCCCUAAGGCCUUGCCCAAUGCCAUGAAGCCUCGAGUGCCUGGCCAUGAAGACGAGGAGGAUGCCCCGGAUGACGAGACUGGAAUUAUGCAGAGCGUGGAUAUGGUGGACCGACUUGUCGAGGAGGAGAUCAAGGCUGGCACACCCCCAGAGAGGAUUGUCGUUGGCGGAUUCAGUCAAGGCUGUGCUGUGAGCCUGGUUUGGGGUCUAACGGGGAGACUCAAGAAUCAAGUUGCGGGAAUGCUCUGCUUGUCUGGCUAUCUACCUCUGCGGGACCGAAUAGCGGAGCUGAGAAACGAGAGGGGAAUCAAGGACGACGACAAAGACUCCAAAAAAUGGUUCUACGUCCAUGGCACAAUGGACAUGUUGGUCCCUACCAAAUUCUUCGUACAAGGCAAGGAAGAACUAGCAAAAUGGGUGGACAAGGAGAACAUCGAGGAGCAUACAUACCCAGGAAUGGGCCAUUCUACGAACUCAGCCGAGCUGAGAGAUAUGCUGGCAUUCUUCGAAAAGGCCAUCCCCGAGUGAGAGACUCCGUGGUCAGCUCCUCGACUGGUGCAGUCCAUAUAAAAAGUGUCACCACAAUACCCAGCGCAAGCAUUGAAUAAUGGUCCUGAAGCUGAGGGGAGGCAUAGCACAAAAGAGCGACUUCUGGAAGCAGAUGAAUCUAGCACUGUAUGACCCCAUAGAGCAUGCUCAAUUCACAUCAUCCGGUCGUAUCUCAUCGUUCUCCUCUCAUAGUUUGUCUGCCUUCAAUCCUAGCAGCCUUGACAAAUCCUCACAAUAUGCAAUCAUCUCAU